AGGCGGCACUCGGAAACGGCUUCAUUCAUUUCCCCUCCAUACCUGACCCGGCUGCUACCCAAAUCCAUGGAGGCACCAGUUGCAGAAGCAGCCGGUAGCCUUUGAUUCCACACUAAUGGAGACCUACUCUAGGUCCUCUGAUUGUGUGUUUGCUCACCCUUCUUUUGUAUCGCCUAAGAAAUUAGAGUUGGCGAUGCUGUUCAUGAAGUUAUGGAUAAUGCUGCUUUUGGGCAACAAGUGCCAUGAUAGAAUUGAUCGGAGGUAUGUUGGUGGCAGUACUCAUGGCGUUGAUGAAUCCUGCGUCAAUGGUGGUAGAGGUGCUGAAGGGGAAGAAUGCAGCAAUACCCAGAAAAGAUGAUGAUCAGACACACACACACACACAGAGCGAGAGAGAGAGAUGCUGGUACAGCAGCAGCUGUCUUUCCUCUUGCAGGACUGUGCUGCCAUCAGAAGUGACCUGAGACGAGUGGCCUCCCUCCACGCGCUCAUCGUCAAGCUUGGCUUUGAACCUGAUGUUGUCCUUUCCAACCAUCUCGUUAAUUCUUACUGCAAAUGCGGGGAUACCGCUGCUGCUCAUAAUGUGUUCGACGAAAUGCCGCACAGAAAUCUUGUGUCGUGGUCCGCCUUAAUAUCCGGCUAUAGCCAAUGCGGUCGUCCACUUGAGGCUGUCAAACUCUUUGGUGGCCUGCAUAGUGCAAACCCUCGAAUCUGCGCCAACGAGUAUGUCUAUGCCAGUGUUCUCAGCUCAUGUUCUGUUCUUUCGAAUCAGGCUGCUGGCAAGCAAGUGCAUGGACUUGCUGUAAAGUCCGGCUCUGAGUCUACUGUUUUCGUUGCAAAUGCCCUCAUCACCAUGUAUAUGAAGUGCGGUCUUUGUGGGGAUGCAUGUAAAGUGUUUGAUCUGAUUGAUGGUAGUCGGAAUUCAGUCUCAUGGAAUUCUCUGAUUACGGGCUUCGCGGACAACAUGGAAGGGGAAAAAGGUUUGGAAAUGCUAAGGCGCAUGCAUUUGCUGGGUUUUGUUCUCGACCGAUUCACUUUUAUGGCUGCAUUAACUAUAUGCACCUAUCUUGAUGAGCUGCAAUGUGGAAAACAAUUGCAUUGCAUGGCAAUCAAACAUGGCCUGGAUUUAACCUCUCCAGUGGGGAACGUUAUUGUGACGAUGUACUCUGGGUUCAAUGCUAUUGACGAAGCUGAGGAAGCUUUCUGUUGUAUCGUGGAGAAAGACAAUAUUUCAUGGAACACCAUCAUCUCUGCUUGCUCACAUUGUUCCUAUCAUGAUAGAGCAUUGACACAUUUCUCGACAAUGUUGGUGCCUGAUAACUUCACCUUUGCUAGCGCGCUUGCUUCAUGUGCUGACCUUGCUUCUAUACGCAGAGGCCUUCAAAUACAUGCUCGCAUUAUCAGGACAAGGUCUGGGCAUGUAGAUAUUGGUGUAGGGAAUGCACUCAUAAACAUGUAUGCCAAGUGUGGCAGUAUAAAAUAUGCUUGGGCAGUCUUCAAUGCAAUGUUAGAUCACAAUGUCGUGUCGUGGAAUUCUAUGAUUGCGGGCCUUUCUUGUAAUGGUUAUGGUAAUGAAGCGAUCGAGGUGUUUGAACGGAUGGUUUCAGAUGGGUUUUCGCCGGAUUAUAUCACUUUCGUUGGGUUACUAUCUGCUUGUGAUCAUGUUGGCUCCGUCAAGCAAGGGAAAGAUUUAUUUGAUUCAAUGUGGAGGGAUUAUGGUAUAGAGCCUGGGGUGGAACAUGUUGCAUGCUUGAUCAAUCUACUGGGAAGAGCUGGAACGCUGUCAGAGGCAGAAGCGUAUGCCAAGAAGUUCGAUAAUGUCAUUCUCUGGGGAAGCUUGUUAUCUGCUUGUCGUCUGCACGGCGACGUGGAACUCGGGAAAAGGGCUGCCAGAAGGGUUUGGGAGAUCUGUCAACUGUCCCCCUUAUCACCAUCUUCCUCUUCCCCUUAUGUGCUGUUGUCCAAUAUGUGUGCUGCUGAUGGAAUGUGGGAAGGCGUAGCGGAGGCAAGGAAGAUAAUGAAGGAAAGGGGCGUGAAGAAGGAAGUUGGUAAUAGUUGGAUUGAAAUUGGAGGGGUUGUAGAAAGAUUUUCCGUCAGCGAUUUCUCUCACUCGAGAAUGGAUGAAAUACUAACUGUCAUUGCAAGUUUAAGUUGGAGCCUGAAAUCUUCAGAGCUUUGAGCCGCUCGUCAUCAAUAUUUAUUGAGAAACAGUACCAUGUACCUAGUUAUAAGCGAUGGAACUACGAUGAUCUCUGGUUGAUGUUUGAGGCAUGACAACUGCAUGAUGUCUGACCUUUUCUUUUAAUUCUAGGACAAGAAGCGUCUCCUUGUUCUCAUGGUUUUUUGUCUGCUGAUUAAACCAACUUAUUAGGUUGAACUUCAGAGGACAGUAACAAAAAGAUUGCUCUUGCAGCUUUUUCAUGCAUUGAGAUUUGUAUAUUCUUUUGUUUGCCCUAUAGACAGUUUUUCAGUAAAAGCAUACGCUUCUUUUGCUUACCAA